AGAGAGAGAGAGAGAAAAAAACAUAUAAAAAGGUGGGGGUGUCCAUCUUCUAUGAUGCAUUAGUUAUUACAGGACGUCCAGGUGUUCACUAGGAGGAGCCAGUAACACUUUAAAAAGACUCACUUUCCUGCUGAAGGCUGGAGAACAGCACCACUAUCAGCACUGUCAGCAUACUCUUCUGAGCCUGUUUUCCAAACAGAGUUGCUUGUUGGGUGGAAGUCGCAGCGGCCCCACACACACCUUCAGCUCUGAACCCAGGACACACACUCACAGUCACUGAUCAGUCACUGCCAUUAAGAGCAAAGCCACACUUGGACUCAGGACACACUCACAGUCUCUGAUCAGUCGCUGCCCUUAAGAGCACAGCCUCACAUACUGAGACCAGAUUGCCCUCUACAGGACUGAAGAACAACAACAGCUGCAUUUCACCAUGAAGGACAGGUUCACUUCCUCUGGACCUCAGCUUCCUCUAGUGGACAGACAGUGCCAACCUCAGACUAUACAUGACAGAGCUUUGUUUGAAGAUUUGAAGGGAGAAUAUGACUUCAGAAUUCCAGCUCUCAUCUACGUUAAAGAAGGGAAAACUUUCCUGGCGUUUGCAGAGAAGCGCACUGUAAAGAAUGGCAAAUCUAAUGAUGAGAAUGCAAAGAAUCUGGUGAUGAGGAAAGGCACACGGCAGGCUGACGGAUCACUGCAGUGGUCUGACUGUAAGGACUUGAUGGAGGCGACCAAACAUGGCUACCGCACCAUGAGCCCUUGUCCAGUCUAUGAGAGGAACACAAAUACACUGUUUCUGUUCUUCAUCUGCAUCGAGGGCGAAAUUAAAGAAGCAGACCUUACACCUGGCCAAACCCGCUUGUGUUACGUCAUCACCAGGGACCGUGGUGAGACCUGGAGUCUUUUAACAGAUUUGACUGACAAAGUCAAUGGUAUAAACCUUUUAGAUUACAAGACCUUUGCAGUUGGACCAGGACAUGGCAUUGCAGUAGAGAGGGGUAAGAAUGGCAUGAGGCUUCUGAUUCCAGCCUAUGUUAAAAGUACAAGUACAAAAGUACAGCCGGACCAUGCUUUGGUUUUGUACAGUGAUGAUGAGGGACAGACGUGGCAAGCAGGAAAGACACUGUUUGAGGAGUGUGGUGAGUGUCAGGUGGCUGAGGUUCGAGUCACAGAGGGCACAGAGGGCACAAAGCUCUACUGCAGCGCCCGCACCUGGGGCAAAGGAAUGGAGGAGGUGCCACGUUUGGAGGCACUGAGUGAGGUCACAUCGGUAGAUUUUACCAAAUUAAAGAGUCUGACUUUGAAGGAGACGCCCCAUGGAUGCCAGGGCAGUGUGUUAGGCUUCCCUGCCUCAGAGCUUCACCCUGGAGAUAAGGGCACCAUGCUGCUCUUCAGCCACCCCACCAAGGGGCCGGAGGAAGGGGAGAACGGGUGGACGAGGAGGGAUCUGGGCGUCCGCCUGAGAGAGUCUCUUCAGGGAGCGUGGGGUGAGCCCUACAUCAUUCACCAGGGGAAGGGCGGCUACUCAGACCUGUGUGAGGAUGGGGCUCACUUUGCCUGUCUGAUGGAGUGUGGAGAGUUUCCCCGCCAACGGAUCAUCUUUCAGGAGUUUCCUCUCAGUGAUAUUCCAAAACCAGCUCAAUUAGACAGGCAUGAUCCUGUCCCGAACCCCUCUGAUCCUGUCCCGAACCCCUCUGAUCCUGCCCCGAACCCCUCUGACCCUGCCGGGCGCUGCCCUUACUGCCUUCUUAUCUGAAAUAUCUUCUUAUUUGAAAUAUCUUCAUACAAAUCAAAACAAUGCGAUUAAAACUCACUAUUGAAUGACUGCAUAACAUAGUCAGCUAUAUUCACCAAUACAAUUAUUUCACUCUGAAAUAUAUUAAGAAAAUGGUUUAGAAUUAAAUGAAUUGAUCCUUUGCUAUGAUCUAUGAUCCAUGGAUUUAAUCCUUUAUGAAUGCAGGCAUAAGCACCAGGCUGUUUUCUGCAGGAUUUGGGACACACAGUACAUUGUGUAAUAUUCCACUGUCUUAUGCUGUGAAGGUUGUCAAUUUAGUCUCAUCUGAUAAUACUUUUGUAGCUGUGCUUGUGUACUUUUAUCUAAAAUGAAUGUUUAAUCAUGCAAA